AUGGUGGUAUUAAAGAACGACGUUAAUCCAAAGCCUGAGUGCUAUCAAAUAUAUCAAGGCCCAAUGCAGGCACCUGUUUGUGCUACGUUUUCACAGCCAGCAAUGACAAGUGGAGUAGUUCCUCAGAGGACGGAUAAAUCAAAACUCAGCCCAGAUCUCGUGAGGCUAAUCCAAUCAAUUCCAGGGGCAUCAGAAAAGUUGUCGAGCUUCUUAGAGUACAAGGGAAUAACACAGCCGUGGCCAGAGAUAUUCGACUUUAGCUCAGACAAGCGCUACGGCCUCCCUGCGCCAGAGCCCAUGUUCUCCAAGAUACAGUCCCUGCUCAACGUGCUUGAAGAUAUAAAGGAGCUUCUGUCAAACGAGCUGUUCAAGGUGGAAACCUAUAUCAGCAGAGGCAAGGGCCAUCUUUGUGAGAGUAUCAAGAAGCUUAGAAGGUACGACGGGAUUCUGAAGAAGUAUCUGAAGAAAAUAUCAACUGCAAAGGCAGCCAGGUCUAAGCACAACUAUGCAACCAAGUAUACAGAAUUUAGCGAGAAGGCCCAUGAGGAGGCAAAGUCUUACUACGAAACCAAGAAAUGGUUACAGACAAUAGUAACUCUAUUCAGGUCUCUUAUUUAG